AUGAAGUUGUUUCUGUGUACUCUCAGCCUGCGACUCCUCCUCCUUGCUGGCAGUCCUCUCUGCAGCCUGGCAGAGCAGGGCUGCAAGAUUUGGAAUCCGAGUAGGACAGUUCCCAAAACGAAAGAAGUUUGCUGUGAGGAAUGUCACCCAGGCAACCGUCUGGUUAAAGAGUGUGGCCGAGACCCAAAAACGCUUUGCACCCCUUGUGAGUCGGAAACCUACACAAAAAAUCCCAAAGCUGGCAGGUGUGACAGGUGCACGCAGUGUGAAGGUGCACAGGUUCUGGUGAAGGAGUGCACCACCACAAGCGACACACAGUGUGGGUGCAAAGAUGGCCUCCUCUGCGGCGACCACCUCUGCUCCUUCUGUUACAAGAACUGCAGCAAAGGAGAAGAACCCGGAGAGAACCGUAAUUGCAGGAAAUGCGCAAAGGGAACCUUCAAUGACCAACUGCAUCAGCCGUGUAAGCCCUGGAGUAAAAUAUGUCCUUAUCCAAACCAGCGAAUUGUGGCCGGUGGAGAUGCCUUCAGUGACAUUAAGUGCAUCAACAUUUCACACAGCAAUCAGUUUACAGGAUGGAAUCAUGAAGCGUAUGUGUGGCCAAUAGUCUUGUCGGUGGUUCUUCUGAGCAUCCUGUUGGUUAUCAUCAUGGCUGUCAGCGUUCUUCAGGGAAAGAGGACGACAAAAAGGAAAAAGGCCAAACAGCCGAUCAUAAGAACACCUACAGAUGAACCAUUAAUGGCCAUUGAAUGUAGUUUCCAUGAGGUGGAGGAACAGCAAGGCUGCAACAUCCUGGACUCUCUAGUCUUCAAAGAGCCUCAGGAGCACUUUGUGGCAUAAAUACAUUCAGAAUUCUACAUGCACAAGAAAGACCACUUUACUGCUGCUAGUGAUUCUCCCAGAUACGAUAACACCAGACGGGGAAUUCUGAGCCAAACAAAGUGCCUUAUCUUAAUGACAGCUGUGUGAUGCAUCAGCUUAACAAGAAAUGACUGCACCACAACCAAUAUGAGAUCAACAAGGUAGUUUCAUUUCAUUUGGUGCUGGCAGAGUGUAUUAUUGGUGACGCUCCCUGGAGCAAACAAUGGUUACCAGAGCAACCUGUUAAAUAGUAUAACCUGGUAUAGAACUAGGGACUUUUACUGCACAAGUGUUUGUGUGUGUGACGGGCAAAUAAUGUCAGCCAGAGUACCCUGAACAAGGCAGAUAAUACCGACUCAUGCUGGGACUCGCCUGCUUGGACAACAACUGUGAUUGUGUCCUAAGUCAACCAUUUGGUGAGAUUACAAUGCAGCACGUUAUGUGGGUUGUCUUGUCUGGGUUCCCCCUCCCCGUCCAUCCCAAAAUCAAGUCUGAAGGUAUAAAUGUGUAUAGGUAUUUGUUAGGGCUGUGAAUCUUUGGGUGUCCCACGAUUCGAUUCAAUAUCGAUUCUUGGGGUCACGAUUCGAUUCAAAAUCGAUUUUUUUUUUUUCAAUUCAACACCAUUCUCGAUUCAAAAACUAUUUUUCCCCGAUUCAAAAGGAUUCUCUAUUCAUUCAAUACAUAGGAUUUCAGCAGGAUCCACCCCAGUCUGCUGGCAUGCAAGCAGAGUAGUAGAUUUUUGUAAAAAGCUUUUAUUAUUGUAAAGGACAAUGUUUUAUCAACUGAUUGCAAUAAUGUAAAUUUGUUUUAACUAUUAAAUGAACCAAAAAUAUGACUUAUUUUAUCUUUGUGAAAAUAUUGGACACAGUGUGUUGUCAAGCGUAUGAGAUGCGAUGCAAGUGUAAGCCACUGUGACACUAUUGUUCAUUUUUUUUAUUUUUAUAAAUGUCUAAUGAUAAUGUCAAUGAGGGAUUUUUAAUCACUGCUAUGUUGAAAUUGUAACUUAUAUUGAUACUGUUGUUGAUAAUAUUCAUUUUUGUUUCACUACUUUUGGUUUGUUCUGUGUGGUGUUUGUGUCUCCUUUCAAUUGCUGUUUAUUGCAGUUCUGAGUAUUGCUGGGUCGGGUUUGGUUUUGGAAUUGGAUUGCAUUGUUAUGGUAUUGCUGUGUAUUGU